CAAAAGCUGAUAAGGUUUUUGAUGAAGUUAUCUCAUGAGACGGUCACUAUCGAGCUCAAGAAUGGAACUCAAGUACACGGGAGUAUCGCUGGCGUUGAUGUUUCCAUGAACACUCAUUUGCGAUCUGUCACAGUUACUCCUAAAAACAGGGAGUCUAUGAAUCUUGACACACUCACUGUUCGCGGGAACAAUAUACGGUACUUCAUUCUCCCCGAAAGUCUUCCACUGGACACAUUGUUGAUCGACGAAGGACCUCCUAAACGAAAACCUGGGCGUGAAGGUGAGUAUUUUAGAUCCGGUUUGUUCCCGGGACGAACCGCACGAGGCCCCGCUAAGUGA